AUGACAGAGCUCAGGCCCGCUCAAUAUCUCGAGCCCACACAAACUUCAAGCUCAGAAGUAGCACUCAUAAUACUGAACAGUCCCUUUGAUGACCUAGAAUACUUCAAGCGCCUCUACGACCAUGCUUCGUAUUGUAUCUGCGCAGACGGAGGCGCCAACAGACUCUACGACAUGCUGUGUAAGCACUAUCCAAGCUCGGACGGGACGAGAUCACUGCAGCAUGCUCUGCCAAACGCCAUACACGGUGACCUAGAUUCUCUACGGGAUGAGGUACGACGGGAAUACGAGAAGCUUCAUGUGCCUAUCACCCGUGAUCCAGAUCAGUACACUACGGACUUUGGCAAAGCUAUCAAGAAGAUUGUGGAAAGCAGGUCUUCUGUCACAGAUGUACUGGUUUUGGGCAGUCUUGGAGGCCGAGUAGAUCAAGGUGUGGGACUGCUCCACGAGGUUCAUCGGGAACAGAAGGUUUUGCAUCCUUGGUUGCGAUUCUGGUUCUUCACGGAGAGUAGUGUCAGCAUCUUGCUGCAACCUGGCACGACCAGAAUCCAUACCCCACUCCAGGAGGGACUCAUUCGAGAAAAUAUUGGCAUAUUGCCGCUCUAUGGCAAGGCCGUGAUCUCGACCAAGGGUCUAGAAUGGGAUGUGCAGGACUGGAGAACGGAGAUGGGAGGGCAAGUCAGUACAAGCAACCACAUCAAGAAAGACAUAGUGGAAAUCAUGACCGAUGUGGAUGUGCUCUUCACGGUGGAACGAGAGAGCAUUCCUCUGAGGCCUAGGAUGUGGCAUGAGUACUCAUGGUGAGCAGGCUCGUGCAAUUAGUUUCCUUUCGGAAGCACGCUUUGCGCACAGUGGCCGGGCAAUUAAAACUGCAGACGCCUGCAGAUGUUCAAGGCUAAGCGUACUACUAGAGCUUCGGGCCAUGUUCCGGCCAGCUUCGCAGCGCGGGCACAUUCGAGGCUGCACAAGGAGUCGCACCCGCCGGCUACGUACUCUCGUCUUAGUCCAGCCGUGCUGGAACCAAUAGCUCCAGUGCAAAAUAUUCACAAUUUGCUAUUUGCCAGCGCUGCAGCACAAUGAAGAGGGCAUUCAAAUGCGUCAACGUGGGAGCCUCUCUAUCGAGCGUGGGCACAGUUGAUAUGUGCAGCACUACAUGAAAGAGAGCGCCAUCUCUCCUCACUAGUGAUGGCUGAAUGCGUUCUGUCAAUUAGUGGUGAGCGCACAGUAUCCUAUCACUUCUUGAUACGUAGCAAGUAGAGGGAAAUAGACAAGUCGG